CGUCACCUCAAGAUGCCCAUAACGUUGUAUACUUCUACGAUGAGCCCUCCGGCUCGUGCAGUUCAACUGCUAAUCAAGGAAUUAGAAUUAAAAGUUAAGGUAAAACUCGUAGAUGCUCGCGCUGGGGAGACUCGAACGGAGGAAUUCCUUCGUAUGAAUCCACAGCAUACGAUACCGACAAUAGACGACAAUGGAUUCUAUCUUUGGGAAUCACGUGCCAUCCUAGCGUAUCUGGUUGAGACCUAUCGUCAGGGCCACGAUCUCUAUCCGACGAUACCGAAGGAGAGAGCACUUAUCAACCGCGUGCUGCAUCAUGAUUCGUCGGCUUUUUAUCCACAGAUAAUUGGAACGCUUUACCCGAUCUUUCGAGGCGAAGCUAAAGUGAUUACACCAGAAAUGAAGGCUACAGUCGAAAAAGCUUUGGCUACACUGGAACUGUUGCUGAUACGAAACGAUUGGUUCGCAGGCGAAAAGAUUACUAUAGCUGAUAUGGCACUGCUGCCAACAAUAGCAACACUAGCGCACAGCGGCUUUGACCUGACAAAGUUUCCACGACUACUUGCGUGGUACGACAACUGCAAAGAACUGAAGGGUUAUCCAGAAGAACAAGCGAUAGCAGUACAGGCUGGACAAUUUGUUCGCUCAAUGCUCACGGAAGGGUUGUGAGAAUGUAUCUGUCAGCAAAGAUGCAAGCCUGAAGUGUUCAUGAAGCGUUGGAGGCUAUUGUGUAAUAAACGAAUCGAUAUUACGAUGAUAAGCGCUGA